AUGCGCGUCGCCGCGACGGCACCGGUCGCGUCGCCGCCUCGGGUCCGUCCGAGCGCGGCGGCGGCGACGGCGCGCGCGCGAGCCGCCGUGCCCGUCGCGCGGCGACGCGGAGGCGGAAGACGCGACGACGCUGAUGACGUCGUCGUCGCUCGCGCGUCGAAGAAGAGGGACGAGCGCCAGAGCAUCUUCGACUGGGACGAGAUGCGCUCGGUGCCGGUGGAGCCGAAGAACGCGGACGACGACGACGACGAGGAGGAAGAAGUCUACGAGGAGUACGUCGGCGACGACGCGCUCGCGACGUCGUUCAAGACGAUGUACCAGGCUGGCGGCGGGAAGCGCGUCUACGCGGGAGUCUUCAAGAGAGACGUCGACGCGAAGGAUCUGCCGUCGGAAGAAGACGCCGCCGCGAGGCGCGAGGACGCGGCGACGAACCUCACGAACAUCGACAUGGACGAGCGCGAGCGACGGAGUAAGAUCGGCGUGUUCUUCAUCGCGGUGUGCAUGGCGCUGAUGACGUAUCAAAUCCCCAGAGGGGCGCCGUGGAACGAGCGCGCGAUCCUCGCGCUGCCGCUGUUCUUCGCGAUCGGUUUCUUCGGCAGCGGCUCCACGGGUCUGUGAAACAUCGCGCAAGCCGGGGUCUGGGACGUGGACGGGACCGGCUUGCAGACGAUAGAGGAUAAAUCGAUCGCGCAGAGGAUCAGGGAUGAGGUGAACGACUUCAACAGGAACACCGCGAUCAUCGUGUUCGCGGCGACGGCGUAUUACAUGGUCCUUCCGCUCGGGAAGAACCCGCCGCUCGGAUAAAAAGCCGCGGCGUGAUUAGCGCGCCGAAAUUGAUCGAUCCCUUCUUCUUCGCGUCGAACGCGGACGCGCGCGAGCGCGCGCGAUGUGACCGACCCGCCCCCAGUCGUGCACGCGCACGACGGGCGAGGAUCGAGAUGACGCGACGCGCCCGCGCGACGUCGCGCGUUCGACGAACGACCGAAUGUAAUACUACUACGCCGCGUACG